UUUCUAUCGAAAUUCUAUGUUAUGGCAACCCACCCAUAACGCCUUUCAGUGUAUCCUGGUUUAUCCAAGCUCAUUUAAACCUGGCGGGGCAUGUGCGGCGGGUUGCAUACUUCUAUCGAUCGUGCAAAUAACAUUCCACUUAUCGCUUAUCUGCAGCAGGACCGGACCGGCCUUUGUUUUCAAUAUGGCAUCCUUUUGUUGUCGGUGUUUGAUCGCUCACUUUAUCUCAUUUUGAAUGAAAUAUUCAUUGCUCGGGACAUUAGAAUGUCUUUCAUUUUAAAAAUAAGGUUAAAGCUUCUUCCCCUUAUGUCGAAGAAAUCUAUGUUGCCGUAAACUCGCUCAACCCCUUAGUUCUAUAAUGUUCAACUUACCUAGCAGAAAGAAAUUAUUUCUUAAAAUUCUCAAUAGACCUGCUAAAUUUUUUAUCAUGUGUAUCUUUAUAUCACUGUUGUUUUGUUGUCUUAUAGCAUUAUCACCAAUGUCAUCAGAUGGUUGCCAAUGUGACAACUUUAAUCAUGAUUCAAACGUUAAACAAAUACGAUCAAGAACUGACCUUCAUCAACCCUCUGUUGAGAAAGGUUUGCAUAAACUUGCAGUUCUAGUGCCAUAUCGUGAUCGAUUUGAAGAGCUGUUGCAGUUCAUACCUCAUAUGAACAAGUUUUUAUCUCAUCAAAAUAUAAAUUUUAAAAUUUAUAUCCUAAAUCAGGUUGAUAAUUACCGAUUUAACCGAGCAUCGCUAAUAAAUGUUGGGUUCUUAACAUCACAAGCGGAAUGUGAUUAUAUUGCCAUGCAUGAUGUCGACCUCCUACCGGUCAAUCAGGAACUGUCAUAUAGAUACCCUGUGAAACGGGGUCCAUUUCACAUAGCAUCUCCAGAGUUGCAUCCUCGUUACCAUUACACUACAUUUGUUGGGGGAAUACUUUUAAUUAGAAGGGAAGAUUUUCUGCUUGUUGAUGGUAUGAGUAAUAAGUAUUGGGGAUGGGGCCUGGAGGACGAUGAGUUUUAUGUAAGACUGAAAGAAGCUGGCUUAAAUGUGUCACGCCCAGUAAAUAUUUCAACUGGUUCAAACAAUACAUUUUUACAUGUUCAUGACCGGCUGAAACGAAAACGUGACAUGGCUAAAUGUUUUAAUCAAAAAGAAGUUACAAGGAGGCGUGAUAAACAAACAGGGUUACAUAAUGUAAAAUAUAGUAUUGAGGAGGAAAAAGAAAUAACAGUUGAUGGAGCACAUGCUCAUAUUUUGAACAUAAAACUAAGUUGCAGUAGAGAACUUACACCAUGGUGCUCAUGUGAUGCUGAAAAAAGCAUCCCAAAGCAAUUAGAAUCUCAAAUUUCCAAGGGUGGGAAGAAUUUAGAGAAAUUAAACAGUGUUAUUGUGCCAAAUGUUAAAAAGACUGUUAAAAAUGGAAAUAGGAAAAGAAAAAAGUAAAAGAAAAUAAAACCCAAGACUUGGUUCUUAUAGAAAUUGA